CUAGUUAUUUUCAUAGUUAAACGUUAUCGGGACGAUUUCUUACAGCAUAAUAUUACUAUCGGAAGCAACAGUGCGUGCAGUGUGACCGAUAUUCAACCGUGAAAUGGGUUACAAAUGUGUGCAAAGUUGGAAAGAAUCUCAUCGCCAAACUGAUAUCUAAUAUGGCGGCCGCGAACCUAAUGCUGCUAUGCACUUUGAAUGUGGCUGCAGUGUCUGGUGGGGAUACUAAGUGCAAACGCAAGCUGUAUGCUGUGUAUAUUGAACGGAGCUAGUUCACUAGAAACAGUGACGGGAUUAUACCGUGCUAGAAGCUACAGCUUCGGUGUUAGCUUCAGGGAGUGGCAAAUGGCACAAAUCCAUUAAAGUACUCCUUCCAAACAUCAAUUCUCGAAAGUCAGUGCGUACAACCAACAACGACGACGACGCAAGGCGGUAGUGCUGAUUUGUUAGUUUAAAUUGUGCUGUCGGUAAAAUCGUUUCACCCGAAUGAUUCAACCCGCAGAAGAUCUGUGAUAAAUUGUAGAAUAAGCUUAAAAGCAUCCAGUCCAGCACGGAACCAGAACUCCGGUGUGAUCAGUUUGCUGAUUUCUAUAGUGACAUUCAUUCCAGAACUUGACAUAAAACUGGACAAUUCCGUCCAUCGCGAAAGAGCCUGGUGCUCCCUCCUCGCAGCGUAAAGUACAGUGAAACCAAAAAAAAAACAAACAACAAAAGGUUCCUUUGAUCACAGUGUCAAAGGAGCAAAUUUGAUAUACGUAUCAAGCCGCGAGAGUCUUCGUUUUCCCGUCAUUAAAACAAACGUAGCGCCAUCACACAAGAUGCUUGUGGACGAUAUAGCUCAGCACGACGAGAAGAUGAUAGCAGGAAACUGAAAAGCUAACGUACAGAUCUAUUAUAAUCCUUCGCGUUGCGUUAUCUGCAUUGCUGCACUAGCGUAACACGCGCCAGUGAUUUUUAUCUCGACAACCUAGCGGUUGCUGAGAUGGAUGAUAUUAACGAAAGACAGCUCCAGAACAUGGACGAUGAUCCAGUUUCGCCGGAGUUGAUCGAGCAAACCAUAUCGUUGACUGCAGUCGAAGGCGCCAUUGCUAUCGAUCGACAGCCACCGGAUCAUUCAACGCAAAGGAAUGAGGUGGCAUUUAACGGUCAAAAUGCCGCACCGACGGUAGACACGUGCCGUCCACAGAUCGACCAGUACGCAAACAACAGUUCCAAAGCCAUUGUAAUGAUUUCAGCCGCACCAAUGAAUGGGAAUGUUGAUAUUGCUGAUGGUGGUGCAUCUAGUGGCCCGGUGCCCACUGAUAAUCAGAUGGCAUCCAUCUGCCGAACCUGUCCGGAUAGCGAGCCAUCGAAGACGACCCGUACUAGCCAUACCGACGACGAAAAGCCGACCCAUAUUGAUUCUGUGACAUUGAAAUGUGAUUUAAAUGAUUACCUGAUUAACCUUACAAAUAUUAGAUGUAGUUUAGCACAGUCAAACCCGAGCGCUCCGUGUGCGUCUCAAUCAGCGGACGAAGGUUUGACCGACUUGCCGCCCCACGAUAUCAUGCUGUCGGAUACUAAGAGCAGCCGGAACAUCAGCUAUAAUCCGGUUCGUAAGCUUGGCGAGUCAACGUACACACACUUUGAUGAGCUAGUGCGCUGCACCGAGCGUGAGCGUGAAUGGUUACGGCGCGGCUUAUCUAACGGCGUGCUCCGACUGAGGUUGUGUGGUGGUGGUGAAGAUUCUAUCAACAAUGGCACUAGUGCGUGGGGUACACCGCCGGGUGCAUCUAGCAACGGAACGCUCAGUGCGUGGGGUGUGUUGCCGAAUCAGCAACAGCAACCGCCGCAACAGUCAUUACCACCGUCCGCUUGGGGUAACAUUAACAAUAGUAACCCAGGCAGCAUCGCCAACAACAACAACAACAAUGGUAAUAGCGGUGCAGGAUCCACUGGCAAUGCGGCGAAUGGUAAUGGAAACACGGCCAACAGUGGAGCAAACGUUGGCCAGCAGCGUGUCGGUGGACCGUCCCGUCCCGAAGACACGAAUUCCAAUAAAGUGAACACUCAAUCGGCUUCCGCACCGAACGCUUGGAAUGCAACGGUCAACCAUGGACGCCAUGGCGCUCCUGGUGGAACGAGUGCAACAGCGAACGUUGCUAACAACAACGGCAAUCAUCAUCAUGGUCAUAAUAACAAUCAGCAGCAGCAGCAGCAGCAGCAGCAACAGCAGGCAGCUAAUAUGGGUGCUGGGAAUAAUAAUGGCGCUGGGAAUGGGGGGACCGCCACGAAGCAGCUAGAGGUGCUCAACACAAUGCGCGAUGCGCUGUUCAGUCAGGAUGGUUGGGGCUGUCAGCAUGUUAACCAGGACACGAACUGGGAGGUACCGGGAUCACCCGAGCCCCAGGGUGCCGCCAAUGCAGGUGGAGGUGGUGGUGGUGGUGGUGUGGGAGGCGGAGCGGGUGGUGUUGGUGCUAAACCCGAUGGCGCCGGACCACAUGGUGCAGGUCCGAACGGAAGCUGGAAGGCACAAACCAUGAACAACGGUACCGAGCUUUGGGAGACAAAUCUCCGCAACGGUGGUGGAGGGCCCACCCAUCAUCAGCAGCAGCAACAGCAAGCUCAACAGCAUCUGGCACAGGCCAAAACCACACCGUGGGUACCGGCUAACAAUCUCGGUGGAACAUGGAUGGAAGAUGACGACAGCGCGGGCGGUCCGGCCGGUGUUCCCGAAGCAGCGGCCAAUGUUUGGAAUGGUGGCAGUGCGGCAGCAAUCGUCGCCGGUGCGGUACCAAUGGGACCUGCCGGAGGACCCGGCGGCGUUGGUCAGGCACCGGGCUGGGGUCCUCUCAACAAUGGUAAUGUAGUGACCGCUCCACCAGCUGUCGGUGGUGCUGGGACGGUCGCUGGCGGUAUGUGGCCAGCGGCGGGUGGCAAUACACCCGCCAUCACAGCGGCCUCCAACACCACCGGGGCAAUGAACAAUCCCCAAAUGGCCAUCGGUGUGAAGAAAGAUCUGAACGAAUGGGGUGGUGGCGUUGGACCCAUCGGUUCCGUUGGUUCCGGUGCGGUUGGUGUCCCCGGUGGUCCUGGCAUUCCAGCGCAAGGCGGUUGGGGAGAUGCACGAUCAGCAGCGGCAGCGGGAACCUUGCCGAUGGCCGCUGGGUCCGUAAACGGACAAUCAACCGGUGGUUUCAAUCUAAACGCCUCGAUUGGUGGUGCUUCUUCCGAUGGGCUCGGCAAUCGGAUUGGUGGCGGUGAUCUUCGUGGUGAUCCGCGCGGCAUUUCUGGUCGAUUGAACGGUGCGGCUGCCGGUAGCAUGUGGGGCGCUACGGUGCCGGACCAGCGAUCGGGAGCUUCCGGUGCGGGAGGAGUUGUACUGCCCGGUGCUGGUGUUGGAGUUGGAGGACAGCAAUGGGUAGGAAACGGUCCAAAUGGAGGGCCAAACAAGCUUCCCACAAACUGGGACGAUGGAAGACCGUCCUCGCUCGAUGAUGGCUCGGGUGGAGCGCUCUGGGGACAGGGCAAUGCUGGUGGUCUGUCCAGGCAGAACUCGACCGGUUGGAAGGACGUUUCGGAUGUAAUGAUGCGCCCCGGAGGUGGUGGAGGAGGAGUAGGCGGCGGUGGUGGCCCAAUGCAGCGCAAUCAGCAUGCUACAGCUGUGCAGGGCGGAGGAACCGGACCGUUCGGGCCCGUACCCGUUCCAUCUGGUGCUGGUAGUGGAGUACGCGUCGGCGGCGGUACGGGUGGUACACUUUCGCUCGGUAAGGACGGUAUGUGGGGCGGCCAGGUGCAAGGUAUCGUUAGGAAUGGUUCCUGGGAAGAUCAGACACCGGUCGGUGGUUGGGGGGAUGACAAAGGUAGCGCCCCUUGGAAUAUGGAUCUCGCAUCGAAUGGAGCCGGUGGCAUGGCUGGUGGCUGGAAUAAAACACCGACCACACCGAAAUCGGCCGGUAUAGGGUGGCCGGACCCGAACGAAUUGAACGCAACAGGUGCUGGGAUGGAUUGGGGACUUGGAGGUAAACCUUCGGCCGGCGGUUCGAACAAAUCGCAAUCACUGAACAAUCCGCUGGAAUUUAUACGUGCGAGCAAAGAGUAUCGGCUGCUGUGUGAAAUGGGACACAAGAAGGAGGACGUUGAGUUUGCCCUGCGCACGACCAACAUGAACAUUGACGAGGCGAUGGAACUGUUGCGUCAUGGGGCUGCCGUAGCCGGACUAUCGACCGGAUGGCGUCGCACACUGUCCGAGGAUCAUUCCGGUGGGCUCGGGAUGGGUUUUGAUGGAGCUUACUCGGGUCGAAUUCCACCGCUGAAUCAUGCCACGAGUGGAUUGUCUUACUCACAGAACAAUCAAAACAUGCUUAACAACAUACCUGGAGGUGGUCCAGUCGGUGGACUUGGUCUCGACGGUACCGGACCAGCAAACCUCGUGGCGCUCAACAAUCUGAAAUAUCUCUCGCAGGGCGCAGGUGGUGCUGGUUCGGCCCAUCCGUCGUUCAACCAUAGCUCACUGCUACCACCUGGUGGUCGUGGACCAAACCAACAACCACAAACCCAUCAGCAGCAGCAGCAGCAGCAACAGUUGGCGGCAGCAGCCGCAGCACAACCCACCAACCAGCAGCUCCGUGUGCUGGUGCAGCAAAUUCAGCUGGCGGUGCAGAACGGUUUCCUAAACCAUCAGAUCCUCAACCAACCGCUGGCACCGCAAACUUUCAUACUAUUGAAUCAGUUGCUCACUCACAUCAAGCAAAUGCAGUUAACUCAAAGCAACUUGGCCCGUAGCGGUACCACCGGAGGUGUUAGUGCCGUUCAGUUAUCGUUAGCCAUCAACAAGCAUAAAACGCAGAUUGCUCAGCUACAGCAGCAGAUUGCCGCCCAACAGAGCAUUUACCUAAAACAGCAGCAGCAGCAGCAACAAGGACACCAGGGAUCGAUGGGGCCACCACCACCACUGAUGCAAUCGAAUCCAAAUGCCGGCCUCGGUAUGGACUUUAUGCGCCAGCAGCAACAGCAAGAUCUCAUGGCACUACAGAGCACCUUCGGAGAGAUGGCGCUCGGAAAGGAUUCAAUUAUAACGUCCACCGGAAGCGUUUUCCCGCCACCGGUCGUUCCCCUGCAACAGCAGCAGCAGCAGCAGCAGCAACAACACGCCGUAGUUUCGGCAGCCCCCGGCAACGUCAUUGUCAGUGGCAGUACUAGUCAGCAGUCUCGCUUAAAUCAGUGGAAGCUUCCAUCGCUCGAGAAGGACCCGACCGCUAGCAAAGAUGAUCUCACCGAUUUUUCACGCGCUCCCGGCCCCUCGACGGCAAAAUCAGCGUUAACUACUACCACUACCAAUACUAAUAUAAGCUCUCUAGGUCUCGUGCAAGAUGGAACCUGGACAACCGGUCGUACAAAUUUGGCAGAUGGAUGGCCGGAGCAAACGGGUGAUACCGAUAGCAAAGACUGGACCACCACCACCAACACCUCUCCGCAGGAUAGUUCCGCUUUCACCGACCUAGUACCUGAGUUUGAACCGGGAAAACCGUGGAAGGGAACGCAACUUAAGAUUGAAGACGAUCCUAGUAUUACGCCGGGCAGUGUCGCCCGCUCGCCACUCUCCAUUGCCACCGCCAAAGAUUCGGAGCUGUUCGGUGGUGUUGGCGGUACAUCCGUCACUGAGAAGACGUCCCCUAUCACAGCCGAUGGCGGAGGUCUGAAUCUUACGUCUUCCGCUUGGAGCUUCAACACGGCAUCGCUAACUUCGGUAGCUGGCGGCAAUGGAGGCACCGGUGGCAACAAACCAAUGGCCGGUAAAUCCGUCUGGUCAGACAACUCAUCCGGAGCCGGCGGUGGCACUAAUGUGGCCGCAAGUAGCGCGGCCGCCGUUGAUGUUUGGUGCACCUCCAUCGUAAAACCAUCCGCUACACGAGGCCCUCCACCAGGUUUGGGAGGUACCGCGACCAAUAAGAACGGCAACGGAGGAUCACAACAGCGCACCGGUGCGGGUUGGGCCACCGGUACAUCAUGGCUUUUGUUGAAAAAUCUGACUUCCCAGAUCGAUGCAUCAACAUUGCGUACGCUGUGCAUGCAGCACGGUCCGAUCCUAAACUUCCACUCGUAUCCGGCCCAUGGGCUCGCCCUGUGCCGAUACGCGACACGCGAGGAAGCCGUGAAAGCUCAACAGGCGCUCAACAAUUGUACGCUUGGUGCGAGCACGAUCAGUGCCGAGUGUCCGGGCAGUGAAACGGAAGUGCAAACGUAUCUGCAGCAGCUGGGCGGUGCAACUACUGCCAGUGUCGCGGUCAGCAGCAGUGCUUCGAACCUAACGUCCCCCUCCUGGAGACAGGAGCGUACUCCGAGCAGUUCAGGCGGUGACACGUGGGGCUCUGGGUGGGCCAUCGGUGGUACCGGUAGUAGUGGCACCGGAACGGCAGCUAAUCUCUGGGCACCGCUAGAUGCAGGUACCGACAAUGGGACACCAACCAGUUUGAAUUCGUUCCUACCAGACAGUUUGCUCGGUCCGGAGUUGAAUUAAACCAGCAACCAGCAAGCAUAUAUACAUGUGGCGUCAAAUCCAAAGCGGGGAUUUCUCUUAUACAAUUUUGAAGAUAUUCUUUUUUUUUUACUUUUUGAAAUAUCUGUUAUCUUUUUUUGUUCUGUAACCUUCCAAAUAAAUGGCAAUAUCUAUUUAUGAUUUUACAAUUCAAGUACAUUAUGUACUCUCUAAAGAUGAUAUACUUGCUUUUCCUAUUACAAGUAAUAGCUUCAAAUUUUAUUUUUAGUUUGUGCAUAGAUUCUGCACAAACAUUAAGGUUUUUUUUUACAUGAAAAGCAUCACUACACAACAUACAACAGUGUGUUGUUUGAGACCGCUAUGACGCUAAUUCAACAACCAGUGGCGAAAAUUAUCUAAACUGGAUCUUUUUCUGCCUAAAAAACGAAACGAGCUGUUGCUGUAGUUCCAACAAACCACCAUCCAAGGCAAAAUGUCUGGCAUCGGUAUUUGAUAACGAAACGAAACAUCUAUAAGUGACCCACAAACACACCCAUGCACGCGACAGUCCGACACACCACCGCCAUCGCCUGGGACAAAUUGGUUGGAAAAAGGGGGGGAGAGGGCAGCAAGAAGACAAAGCGGAAAUAUUUAUUAAUUUUAAUAUACACAUCAUGCGAAAGCGCAGCAAAUGAUGAUCAGUUUGCGAUCAAACGAUUAUAAUGAGGAAGGAUAAUAUGAAACGCAUUAGAUUUACUAUAUUAUGAAAGGUAUACAUAAAUGUUAUUGAAUUAUUUUUGAAAUUAUUUAGAUAUAAUGGAGAGCUAAAUAAAUGAAACCAUUAAAUGAUCUAGCGAAA